AUGAAGCCCAAACCGACAACUUGGGUUCCAUUAAGCUCUUCCGAAGUUUAUGAAGCGAUUUCUAAUACCGAAUAUGAUGAAAUAGACAAGGAGUUUGAGACAUCGUCCCUCGUGUUUUUUAAAAAAAGUCUAAAGUGGUACUUAGAAGCAUUCCAUUCUGUUCACUUAAUACCUCAAAAAGAAUUUUUUUCUCUGGCUGAAUCUCUGUAUUCAAAAUACGAUUUGUCACAGCAGGAGGUCAUGCAGAUCAUUGAUAUCAGGCCUAAGAAACAGGUAGAACUGCACUGCAUUAUCCCCGAAUGCGAAAAGAGAUUUUCAGAAGAAGAAAUUUUUCAGAUUUUGAAAUUAGUAAGCGAAAUUCCAAUCAAUCAAGAGGAAAAACAGUGCUCAAAAGAGAAGCUGUGA